CUCCCAUCCUCUGCCCUCCCUCUUUCCUCUAUCGUCUGUCUGAGCUGCUAGGCAGUGAAUGAGUCGUUCAGCAGCGCAGCUUCUUCCUCCCUUUCCCUCCCCUCCAUCUCUCGCUCCGUCCUUUCAGGAGCAGACAGCGGAGCAUCGACGCGGCAGCUGAGCAACACUAGGCUGACGGAGACGGGAAAACGGCAAACCCCGCUAGGAGGUGUGCAACCUAACCAACAAUUCCACCAACAGCAGCUGACAACUGUGAGACGGGUUCAAAACAGAAGCAACAGAUUGGCCUAAAGGUGCAGAUGUUGAAACUGACAUCAGUCCUGCUGAGCUGAGGUCUUGGAGCUGACUGGAAACAUCUGCAGCACCUGGAAUUACUGCCAGUUUCUCUGCUUCAAAUAAAAGUGUUGUCCAGAGCAGGGGAAGCAUGUGAUGCUGAAUGACGGGAUAAAAAUUCUUUAAUUCGUUUGGGAAGCAACACGGCUCGCGCUGGGCGUGAACACCAGCUCCACCAAAAGCAUCUGCUCACAUGGUUCCUCCUUCAAGCGCAGCUGAAGAACACAAAGCUCUUGAGAGCACAUCAGAGUGAGGACAUCCAACUGACCUGCUGAGUUUUUUGGAGGAUUUUCUUUUUGGGUCAAUGAGCAGGAAUAGGCUUACUAAGUUUAUCAAGAAGGUAAGAUCUACCAGUGUCUCUAUUCGACUUUAAUACGUAGAAAGAGGACAAUGAAGCAAGGAGACGACAGGAACCAGGAGAUUAAACCCCAUGGCACACGGCUGUUAUAAAAGUUUAGAGUUAAAAAAACAAAAACUCUGACACUUUCUUAAUUCUAAGAUGGUUUUUGCACCCAUGGUGCAUCUUAAGUCUUGUUUGACCCAGAAAAGAACAACAUUAGAGCCUUUCUGACACCUACACUUGCGCUGCAAACACCCGUGAGUGACUUUCUGCACCAGUUGGUGUGAAGGUCCCUGGCUCUUCCUUGAUUCUUCUUUUGGUGGAUCUGCCGUGGGGGGCAGCUCUCAGCCGUCCAAGACGCCGCGAGCCGUACUUCGCGUGAAGAAUGCCCAGCCGCGCUUGGCCAAGCCGGCCGACCCGGGCCCGACGUCUGGCCUCUACAUGGAGAGGUCGCAGAGCCGGAUCAGCCUGUCGGCGUCCUUUGAGGCUCUCGCCAUCUACUUUCCAUGUAUGAACUCUUUCGACGAGGAUGAUGGUGUGGAGACUGACGGCAGGAAGCUGAAGGGAGGCAUCCAGAGGAGCACCGAAACUGGUCUGGCUGUGGAGAUGCCCAGCCGGACUGUCCGUCAAGCCAGCCACGAAUCCAUAGAGGACAGCAUGAAUAGCUACGGUUCAGAAGGAAAUCUAAACUACAGCGGUAUGUGUCUGGCCUCUGAUGCUCAGUUCAGUGACUUCCUGGAUGGGAUGGGACCGGCCCAGUUUGUUGGGCGACAGACGCUAGCGACAACAUCCAUGGGUGAUGUAGAGAUCGGACUCAUGGAGAGAAAUGGCGGACUGGAGGUGGAGGUGGUGCAAGCCAGAGGUCUCACGAUGAAACCGGGUUCGAAAGCUCCUCCAGCGGCAUACAUCAAGGUUUACCUCCUGGAGAAUGGCGUCUGUGUGGCCAAGAAGAAGACCAAGUCAGUGCGGAAGUCUUUAGAUCCUCUCUACAACCAGGUCCUGGUCUUCUCUGAAAGCCCUCAAGGGAAAGUGGUGCAGGUCAUUGUCUGGGGAAACUACGGACGAAUGGACCGCAAAUGUUUCAUGGGUGUAGCUCGGAUUUUAUUGGAGGAGCUUGACCUCACCGCAAUGGUGAUUGGCUGGUACAAGCUAUUUCCUCCGUCCUCAAUGGUGGAUCCAACAAUGGGGCCGCUUAUUCGCCACUCAUCCCAAAUGUCCCUGGAGAGCACCAUUGGGCCAUGUUGUGACAGAUCAUAACAUUCCUGCAGAAAUGCACUGUUUUCCUGCUGCAGCUGAGAAUCUGUUGCUUGAGUUUAUGGAGAGCACAGUACUUUUCCAGUAAACCAACCACUCCAUAAAGUCAAAGGAAAAGCUUCUUGUCUUCAGAUCUCUGAUGGGGGAAAAAGCUAACUUCUCUUUAAUGAGGAAACUUCAAAGUAGGGCUUCGUUGCCAACAUCGAUCAGAUUCUUCUGGGACAACAGAACAAAGCAGCCUCAGCUUCGCUUCUGCUUCUGCGCUUUUUCACAGCCUCCACUUGACUUUUGUUCCCUGGACUGCUUGUCAUCUUUCUGCAUUCUCAUUUAGGGGCUGGACAGCUGCAGAGCUGGAUUUGUCAAUUCACACAUCUGUAGAAAAGGGCCGGAUCCACCCGAGAAUCCAGAUUACAGGAACAUGAGGCGGUGAGGACGAAGACCGGAGACUUUCAUAGACAAAACAUGAGCUGGUGUGUUGUAAUGUACUGAAAAAUGUUGACUUCACAGGACUCAAAAUCUAUUUUUGCUUUCUUUUGUAUCUCACCUUAUGUCCAUCAUGAUUUAUGUGUCACAGGAUAAAAGAAACUGAGUUGGGUAGAUGUAGUUGAAAAUGUACUUGGAAGAUUUUAGUAUCAGUACAAACUUGAAUAUCAAGAGCAUGUCGGCUUUAAGGAUCACAGACAUAGCUUAAUACAUUGAAAUAUAGGAAAUUUGAAGAUUUGUUGCAAAUCCAGCAAAUGUGGCGAAAGGAAAAUAUCCUAACUUUGAGUUUUCUGAAACGAAAGGAUUGUGAAAUGACUUCUCAGAUGGUGGUAUGUCAGAUAAGCAAAUUAUUUGUUUGUUCAAGUAAGGCCAGGUGUCUACCGGCCAGAUCAGUGCAGACUUUUCUUUUAAUUAUCAAAGCCAGAUAGGGUGCUAAAACGUCUGACAUAAGGCGUCAUCAUUUUCCGCACACCUUUGGUAAGUGUAGAAAGAAGAGCUGGCCUGUUUAGGGGACUUUGUGCAACAUGAUGAAUAUGUGAUAGAUUGUCAGUUUCAUCUCCUGAUGAAAGAAGGCACCAUUCUUUUCUCUAUGUGGUUCUUCUUAGUCAGCUUCUUUGAUAGGAGUAACACAAGAACAGUACUUUACAAACAUUACAAAAUAUUGCCAAUUGAGAUCCAAAGUGGAUUUAAAUUUUAAAAUGUUAAAUUUCAAAUUUGAUCCUUUUUUUUGUGCUAAUUUCUAUGAAUCAGAUGCCAUAAAAUUAUGUUUUGUUUUGCAUGCAAUGUAUUGCAUUGGGUCAUAGGUUUAAAGCAAAGACACUAACUAUGGAUGCAUGAGAUCAACUUCUUUUAAUCUAACAGCCUGUAAUUGGACAUGAAGUUCUUUUACUGCGUUGACCAGGAUCCCUCCUUGCAUGGGUCACAUCAAGUACAGGGGUCAGUGUUGUAUCUUAAUUACAGUGCUGACACAGCCAGAUGGUCAAAAUGGAAAUGAAGUGAUCCCAGGAGCACGCACAGUACAGGAAACUGGCUUAUUUAAAGCUGGGGAGGCUUUUUUAACCAUUCUCCGGAGCCAGAUUUGUAAUAUUCCUCCUCUCUUUCUUCAAGCUUUUGCUAAUGGUCGUCUGAUAACAGUUUUUACUGUGCCAAUUUUUACCAGCAAGUGUCUUCUUCUUCCUCCUCUUCCAUUACCUUGCGUUGUGAGGGAGGAACAGAAGCCUUUACUCACAACAUCUAACAACAGAGAAGCAUCCCUUUUACUCUAAAUUACAGCCUGGGUUUAUGGAAAGAAGAGCCACAUGGUGAUUAGUUGUGCAACGACCCAUGAGGAACACAGGAAGGGGGCAUAAAAUGUCCUUAUCCAAAACAAAGGAGACUUGGAUUGAUGUCAGGCUGCAUAUACAGAACAUAAGAUGAACUUAAAGAGAAGCAUUGUUUUUAUUUUGGGCACUUUGUGUCUUUAAUAUGUAAAUAUUACUAUUGUGAGUGUCUUGCAGAGUGAGCCAAAGCAGACCAGUGAGGGUUUUGUUGAUGGAUCGAUAAAUUUGGCUAGGGAAAACAAGGGGUUGCUAGCUUUCAUAUAGCUUUAGCUGGUAGCACCUGCAUGCCUGAAUAAAAACAACUUUACAAGAUUAAGCAUGAGCCAAAAGCUUCAUCGAAGGACAGGAAAUUAAAAUGUAUCACAUUUGGACACAAUGUCAACCGAGGAACAUAUUUGUGUAGCACUUUAAAUGAUGUAUUUAUGACUUUUAGUUUAAGCUUCUUUUACAUCAGAAAUCCACUAAAAUGGGAGAGUAUGUCAAAUUUGUUUUAUCAUAUUUUAUGUCAGAAGGUUCCAGAACAAAAUCUAUUGUUUUCUUAAAAUGUUUUUGAUUUCUAGCAGUGGCCUUUGGUUGGCAAAGCAGUAGCAGCACUGCUGUUCCUGCUUCCAGACAGAUUCAGGUCGGUUUAUACUUCACAGAGAUCAGCCAUCGCAACAGUCCUACCCAGAAUCGUGCAGCCUAGUUCAUACUAAUGUAGGCUGGUUUUUGCUUACGACUGUCCGUGAUAACUGCGAUGAACUUCUGAGUCUCGUUUAUACUUUUCAAGCAACACAAUAGUGUCCAGCGUUUAUUUAUAAUUUGAAGGACAUCUUGAUCAUACAAGUCUGUGAAUGUGCAGGGACGUGAUGAGUGAGGCAGAGGAGGAACUGAUGCGUUCCUCUACUUAACAGAGGCAGGCGGAAAAAAAACAAAAACUAAAAGAAAGAAAAAAGUGCAUAUAGUGCUGCAAGAUAUGAAACACUUUUUCUGGACAGAGUUUACUCCGUCAUCGUGUACUCUAAUUGAAAUAGAUUCAGGUUAAAUAACGCGAUUUAUGAUUCGAGUUGAGGUUGAUGUCAUCAGCAGGUGUCACAUUUCCCAGCCAUGGCGGGAUUUCUCUUCAAUGGUCUUGAGACCAAUGCGACCCAAGCGAUUGCAAAAGGCUUUGAAGUAUAAACCGGCCUUUAGCUAGAUUCUGUAAUGCAAUAAAACAUCCAGUCUUUGUAGUAUUCACACAUGAGUCUAGGUAUUAUCACAGCAGUCUAAUCUAGUAGGUUUUAAGAUUUGAUGACGUGUUUGUCAACUGUUUUGCCUUUGUCAAUACAGUGAAGAACAUUUUCAUGCCUAAAAUGUGUCCACUUUCUUGGUAGGUUUUUACCUACAGGAGCAAAUUUCUUCUUAAGAAAAUAAAAAAAAAAAAGAAAAAUUUUAAAUAGCAUAAAAACAGUUUGGGUUCAUAACAUUUCUGUGCCCGAAAGUUCAAAAGUGGGUCUUAGUUCUUUCUUCCUCCAUAUUGGCUCAGACGGACCACACUAUAUUUAUUCAUUAAACCAAUAUCAUCAGUGAUGUUCACACUCUAAAACCUAGACAUUAAAAUGACUUCUUAUGGAUUGAUAACAAAUAAAAGAUGCACAUAAAAUCCUACAGUACUCUUUGUGUUAACAUAAUACAAAUGUCUGCCAGGUAGCAAAAAGGACUCUUUUUGAGGAUAAAGGGAUGCAGCAAAAAAACUUCUGUUAGUCACACAAAUAUGUUUGUUUCACGAUUUUCCUUUUUUGUGCCAAAACAUUCCAAAUAAAGCGUAUUUUUUUCAUUCUAAGGACCAACAAAAGAAAAUUAGUCAUCUGAAAACAUUUAAAACAAAAACUUUAAUACAGGAUGAUGAUGUAUCUUCGUUCCUGUCUAAUAAUGCAACAUGAAGGCUUUAGGCAUUAAGAGUAUAAAACUUUAAAGUCUCUAACUGUAUCCCUGCAGAAUGGUUUGGAUGAUAUUGUGGGAAUUUUAUGACUCAAUCUGUUAAACUGUAAAUGUAAUCUGAUGUAACAAAAAAAGAGAGAACUUAACAUAUGGGUUUAUUUAAAAGAAUAUUUUACAAUAUUAACAGUGAAAUUGAGUGAAAUUUGAAAAAUUGGUCAUAUAAUUUAGUUUUACUGUUGACCACUUUGUGACAUUUUAUCAGUUUAUUUGAAAAUGAAGAGAAUUUUCAUAGACGACGUGCUCAGCACCAAAUCGUCAUGUUUGUGUGUCUACUUACAGUGUGUACCUUGUAUCAUUUGUAAUGUAAGUAGAGGCCUUAAAACGCCCACAACAGACAUAUUGCCAGGGCUAUAGGGACAAUGAAUUGUCCCUUCAGAUCUUAAAAAAAGGAGAAAAACACUAAAUGUUUCACAUUUUCAAUAUUUUUCAACUAUUUAUUUGUCAUAAUGAAAGUGACAAACCUUUGUGUUUUUAGAUUUUUGGAUUUCUCAACGGAAUUUGGUUUGUUUUCCCCACAAAGAGCAAAAUAUCAGGCGCCUCUUCUUUAUUUUGAUACAUUAGGAAAUGUUCUGAAACAGCUUAGUGAUAAAUUUAGGAUAAUGAUGUACUGCUUCUUUGCUGUUUCUGGAUGCAUUUCAUGAUACUUUGUGGUUUUAAAUAAAAUGGCAAAGAAAAAUGAAAA